GUGCUGCUGGAGCUCCUGGCGGGGUCCUGGGGCGUCUGCCGCGGCUCGGAGAACCUUUCUGAGAUUGUGUCAAAAUGGAACGUGAGUGUAUGGAGAAGAUCAACAAUUACUGUCAGAAGCACAAACUUACACUGGUUUAUGCCAACGUCAGGAUGACCGGCCCAUCUCAUGAUCCUGAGUUCACAGUUGUGGUUAAAAUAAAUGAUGUAGAAUAUGGUACAGGCACUGGUAAAAAUAAGAAGGACGCAAAAGCAGUAGCAGCAAAAAAAUCGUGGGAAAUGAUUGAGAAACAGCCAGAGAGUCCUUCAAAUAUGCAAGCUGCAGAAUUAAUGACAACUCGAAUGGCCUUAUUACCUGUGCCAGACAGCGACUAUGUCAGCCUACUAAAUACGUAUUCACAAAGGACAUUGCAAAUAGUUGAUUAUCCUAACAAAAAAUUUACUGGAGACGCCCAUGCUCCCAUGUUUUCUUGUAACUGUACAAUUAGUGGUUUUAUGUAUGGAAGUGGCACUGGAACGUCUCUAGCUGCUGCAGAACAAGCUGCUGCAAAACAAGCGUUUGAGAAGCUGAAGGAGCAAGGCGUUCUAACAGUGGGAAGUGAAAAAUCUAACAGCAAUUCUACAUUUAGCGAACAUAGUAAUUCCUCUCGAGUGCCAACGCAGUCUGACUCGGACUGCAUUUGCUUUGAAGACUCAUCUGCGAAAUUGGUAGAAAAAAUGAAAGACAUGGCAGUAUGUGAAAAGCCUUCACCUUCUCCGAGAGAUGCACAAAGUUCUGCCCUGAAAGCCAAAAGAAAAUUGGCAGCUAAUUUUGAUAAUGCAAGAAACAAGGAAGAGAAAAAAAAGAUGUCAGAUUCAGAUGAAAGUUUGCCAGAUUUGGACACAAAUACCAGUGAGGAGAAUGAAAGUCCAUACACUGUGAAUAAAAGAUUCCUUGAGAGUUUUAAAAAUAUAGAGCCUAUUGGUGAAGGUGGUUUUGGGAAUGUUUUCAAAGCAACAGCAAAGCUUGAUGAGAGAACCUAUGCAGUCAAACGAGUUCGCUUCACAAAGAAUGUAAAGCGUGAAGUAAAAGAACUUGCAAGACUUGACCACGAAAACAUAGUGCGGUAUUACUGUAGCUGGAAAGGGUAUGACUAUGUAACUUAUCCAGACUCAAGGCAGAAGUCAAACAAAGAAAUGAUCUGUCUUUUCAUCCAAAUGGAAUUGUGUGAACAAGGGCCAUUGGAAAACUGGAUUGAAAAGAACAGACGAGACCGAAAGUACCAUGAGAUGGCACAAAACAAAUUUUUACAAAUACUGAAGGGAGUGAAAUAUAUUCAUUCUGAAGGGUUAAUUCAUCGAGACCUCAAGCCUCAGAAUAUAUUCAUAUCACAUGAAGAUAAAAUAAAAAUAGGCGACUUCGGUCUUGUGACUUCUGUGGCAUAUGGGACUCUGACUGAGAACAGAGGAACAAAAUCAUAUAUGGCACCAGAACAGUUCGGGGACACAUAUGGAAAGGAAGUAGAUAUUUAUGCACUGGGAUUAAUUUGGUUUGAAAUUCUUUCGGCAUUCAGUGGUCAUGAGAAAAUUAAGGUAUGGCAUGAUGUUAGAGCAGGUCAACUUCCAGAGAGCUUCACCAACCAAUUUCCAACAAAGGCACCCAUAAUCAAAAAGAUGCUUUCAAGAGACUCUUCAGGAAGAUACUCUGCAUCUGAAAUACUUGAGUUUUUCAAGUCUGAUAAAAACAACUCACUUAAAACUCAUACUCGGUAA